AUGACUGCUCUGUUGUCCAACUUGUCGGAUUCCUGGGGCUUGACUCCGCCCUUUGAUGUCGUUGCGUUCCAUGAUGAAUUGGCUCGAACGCACUCUAGAAAAUGGACAUUCGUCAUGAACGCCGACGCAUCCAUACCAUCUACCAAACAGAACAUGACGUUCACCUACGCAUCUCUGGCGUUGGUUGUUAUGGAUACGAUGAAGUAUUAA